AUGGCACUGGUGCAGACGGUAUCAGCCGGUGGUGGGCUCAAGUCGGUACAAUGGCUAUUCCUACGGUUAAUACUUGGGAUAAUGUCGCCAGGGGCAACACAGCAGCCAGCAGGCCACGAAAACCACAGCCAACUGGCGUUUAUAUGUCCCCGAGCCAGCCACCCCAAGGACAAACAACUAAAAACCAAGGAAGUUCCGGCAGUGUGGACGUAUAACACGUGCGAAUCCUCGUUGCAGGAAAAACACUUUGUGUGUGUUGCAGUUAGGGGUUGUAGUUUAAGGGGAAAGGUAUAUCCCCUUAAGUAUUGUUAACAUGCCGACCCCCAAGAUACGGUGGAUAAAGGAAAAUGUACGUUAACAGUAGUUUAUUAGAAUACGGCAGAUGCACGGAUACAGUUCAGCAUCGAUACAAGGCACGUUACCAAAUCCUAUUGCGCCUUCCGGGUAUUUGCGACAUACCAGGCGAUUAUUUGGCCGAAAUGUCGGUGGCAUAAGCUACUUCAGAAGUGAGGCGAAACCGUCCCCCUCUUGAUACGGUUGGCCAGCAAACGUCCGCCUCCGGGGCGUAACCCGGCGUGGGGCUCCCAACGGCCGGCACACCUGAGGCCGGACAGAC